AUUUGACUUUUUUGUUGACUGUUAAAAACUCUGCCUUCCGUACUCCGUGUCCACAUAUAUCCAAUUGAUUUUAUCCAAUCAUUUUAUGAGGAAAUGUUCAAUCGCGCCUACGUUUGUAUUAAAGCACUUAUUUGUCAUUACUUGUUCAAAGAAGUAACCUCUAUUACCUGAUUUUUCAUUGCUAGAAGGGCGUUUAAUAGCUGAUGUCACAGAUGAAAUAUCUGAUGAAGAUAUUUUGAGAUGUGGUUAGUAUAACAAUUUUUCUUAUCAAAAGAGUCGGAAUAUAUGUUAAUUUUAUACUUAUCAUUGUUUUAUUUUUUAUCUUAGUUUCUGAACCAACAACAGAAUUUAACAACAAGGAACAGGCUGAUGGUACUUAUAGCGGUACUCCUCAGUUACUAUUUCUUUAUCUAUAAAAGAAUUGUGAAGUUUAGCGAUAAUUAUACCUGCUGGUGUGUCCAGUAGGACCCCACCUUUUGCUGUAUUCUGAAGCAAUUUGAAGAUAUUAUUGUCGCUCUAAACUCAAACCGUUUUUAGCGCUCAACCAUGUUAGACCCCAUUUCGUACCACCCUUCUCCGCCUUGAAAACUAUGUUACUGGUGGUGUAUAUUUGGUAUUGUUGUUAUCAUUUUGUUCAAUCUAUUAGCUACUGGCCUAAAUAUCAAAGCUGAAGAGAAGCAGACAAAAAAGAUCGAUAACGGUAUUAUUCCAUUAACAUUUUUUUAUUUAUAUCUUUUGAGAUAAUUAAAUUGUUUUUUUUUUAUUUAUUAUUUUAUUUUUUCCUAAUCCAAUAUUGCGCUUUCAUCUUAGACUUUUUUGGCUCAAGAAAAGUAAAAUAAAGACAUUUCAAGUCAUUCUUUUUGUGUGCGUGUGUGUCAUUUGUCGCACUGUUGCUUUUAGCCUUUAUUUAUAUCAGAACAUUAUUGGUAUGUAAUCUGACAGUUUAAGAGGGAAAAUGAUAGUUUAUGGGCCUUUUAUUUGUGAGCUUGUCUACUGUUUAUAAUAUUUAGGAGAGAUAUUGCAUCUUGCUACUUGCGGUACUAUUUUGCGUGACAGACAGACGUAUACGGGUAUUACAAUAUAGACUUGUCGUCCACAGGUUCGCCCGUCCUUUAAAUUUACUCGUUGCAACAAAAUAGACAAACAUAUAUCGCAUUUUGCAUUCGUGCGUAUUAUAAAAAUUUCAUGUUUCCAUAACAGAACGCGUCUUUUGCGGACACACAAAAAGAAGACGGCUAUUACUAAAGAGACUAGUCGUUAAUCCGUGGAAAAAUCCACGGGGUCGCUCGUCCUUUAUAUUCAGCCGUGGCAACAAAGUGGAUAAAAAUAUACCGCAUUUGAUAUUCGUGUUACCGCAACAUUAGUUUCUAACUCAGCGGGGGGUCUGCAUAGGCGGAGGCGCAUAGACAGACAGACGAAGUAAGGCUAUUAUUACAUAGAUUUGCUAAUUAAAAUAGAAUUGCAACUGUGCAAUGAAAUCACAUUUUAUUAUAUAAAGUAAAGCUGAUUUAAUAAAGUUUCGUGAUAGCUUUUUCCAAUUUUCCUUUAUGUAGAACUUUUAACAUGUGACUAAAGCCUGACGCAUAUUUUUUGCCUGAUUGGAUUCGCAAGAUUUAUCCUGCACUGGAAAAAAUCACCACCUGACUUUAGAUGAUCUCUAUAUCUCUUUUUUUUAGAUGAAAUGGACAUGGAUUCGAACACAAAUGGGGUGUGUUUUUGUGCAGCAACGGUUCAUGAACGUAAGUGUGUAUCAUUUGUAAUCUUUUCAUGUACUGUACAUGAUUGAUUAAAAAAUAAUUAAUUAAAAAUUCUUAUAAAAUAAAAAAAUACAACUUUAAAACGUUUACUUAUUAUUCAUUUGUCUUUUUACGGAGAAGAUUUGUUUUCCCUGUAAAAAAAACUUCAAUUUUUGCCUACUGGUGUAUUUAGAAGUCCAAGAUGUCUAAUUCGAAGCGAUAUGGAAAAAACUUCUAGCAUUUCUGUAUAUAAAUUCAAAUUUUGGUUUGGAAGAAUUUGCCGCAGAUCCUGAAAGAGAGAAUAUCUGGGAAAUUUAUUAUAUGAAUUAAUAAAGCGAAUUUGGAUUUAAAAAUUUGAUAAAAACUACCAAACAUUUGUCUUCUGUGAUAAUUAGAUUCUACUAGAACAAGUGUUACAACAGCAAGAGUGUACUUUUUCCUUUAAAAGAAUGAAACUUAUCAUUUAAGCUAUUGCGAUAUUAAAAUGUUGUAAAGGUGUGCUGCUACAAUAGAUAGUUAAAUAUUACACAAUCCACAUGUUAUGAGAUAUUAAGUAUUUUUAUGUAGAAAUGGUUGCGUUGAAAUCAGUGGAAACAAAGAAAAUUGUUCUCAGCCUGUUUCCUGAAUUUGGAAGUACUCCGGUAACAGAUGUUUUACUAAAGGAAGCUCUGCAUAGCUCUGUAAAUGACGAAGUCAUAUACACCUAUUUGUGUAUUCUUUCCCGGCAAAGUAAACAUAAGAGUGUAAAGAUUAUUACUCCAGGCGAGAUGUCUCUGAUUUUUGAUGAACCAGCGUCAAAAAUGAAACAGCGUGAUAUAACAAAAUACGAUCAAAUUAUUGGUUGUCGUUGUUCAGGAUACCACUGGACGCUUUCGGUUGUUAUUCCAUCUGCUUCAACCAUAAUUUACUUCAACCCACUCGGUGAAUUACCUGAAGAAAUUGUAAAUGUUGAACAGCAAUGGAAUUCUUAUCUUGCGGCGAAAUAUCAAAUAGAAGAUAACUUUAACGUGGAAAUUGUGCCACAUGCACGACAGAAAGAUAGCAUUUCAUGUGGUGUAUACUGUUUGAAAUUUGCAGAGUGCCUUAUUUUGGAAAAACAAGAGGUGCCAAUAACUUUAACAACAUCAAGCGUUACAACCUACAGAGAGGAAAUUGUUAAAAAAUUGCUUGAAGAGGGAGGUCAAGAACGAUGGUGCAAUAGCGUAUGUCGAGUAUGUGGAAAGGCAGAGGGUCCUAAAGUACAAGGAAAACCAACUGAUGCGUGGGUUUGCUGCGAUACUUGCUUACCAGCCAGGUGGUAUCAUCAGCAGUGUUUACACAAGUCGUUAAGAAAAUCGUACAGUAAUUUCCCAUUUAAUUGUGAUAUGCUGCAAGUCGCUCCUCCGGAAUUUAAUGAGAAGUUGUGGACUGUACAAAAAAAUGAAAAAGUGGAGGUACUUGUCAUAAAAGACGAAGAUAUUAAUAAUAACCAAGACACCGGUACAGUCAAGAAGAACGUAAAUGAAGUUGAUGAGGGCUGCUUCGUUAUAAAAAGGAAAAACAAUUACAUGAGGAAAUGUGCCGGGUGUGGCGGAGAUUUCACAGGCACAGAUGUGUGUGUCAUGACAACAGAAUUGAGAUUAUUAAGAGGAGAAAAGGCACCACACGGGAAACGAAAGAAAACAAAUGUGCACUACCACAUAGAUCAAAAGUGUUUGGGCAGAGGAUUUGAAGCACAUAAUAUAUUAAAUCCGAUGAACGUCUUCAUCUCAAAAGAAAACCUAGAUAUAUUUAAACAAAACGGGGUGGAUUUAAGGAAAAACAAGAAUUUUUAGCAUUAUCAAGUUUUUUUUAUAGAGAUUGUAUUUUAUGACUGUUUUAUGACGAAAAUGUUCUUUAAAAUACAGCGGAAUAUGUGUAUGUGUCAGACUUUCCUGUUGAUCUAAUGGUGUUCCUUUUCUUCAUAUUUUAUUGUAAGAUACAAUCACUUAACUUCAAACGUUUGAAUAGCCAUAUCAAAUGUGUGUUUUUAUAUUUUUCGCACAAAAAGAAUAAAUAAGAACAAGAAGAAGACAGCGUCUUUAACAUCUGCGUUGCAGGAGAAAUCUAAUGGUCAUACGUACGCAAUUCGCUGCGUCAAGAUCGUGCGCCAUAUAAUAUAAAAUUCAUUAUGUAAUGCAUAUAAAGCAUUCAUGAUACAUAAAUACUGUUUUGCAUUUAGGGUGAACAUUAUUUUAUGAACGUACGUACGAUAAAAUGGAUCAAAUCAAGAGUAAUUUUAAGAAUGACGGCUGGAUAUGGAUAAAAAAACGCGGCCAUAAUCGUCCCCCCUGGCCUUGUUAGGUCUUAACAUCGGGACGGAACCUGAACCGUCCCCAGUAGGUCAAAAAGAAGAAGAAGAAGCUCUAGAAACGAGGUUGGAAAUGCGACCAGAAGUAUUAUGUUGAUCACCAUGAAAAAAACGACUAUCAAAUAUCACAGCACACUCUAGCCUACUCAUAGACUGUGCACUUCGCCUUAGUCGUUCACAUUUGGUGAAAAGAGGGGAUUGGGAGCUAUAACAUCGUUAGCAUGUUCUGGAAGGCAAGUCGUUAAUGUGCAUGCGUAUUAUUUUCAGAAAAUAGAAAACACCAGCGUAUCAAAAUCGAUCGAAGUUGCGAAGCGCGUCUGGUUUGCAGGGAACGCCAUAGGGGGUACAGAAAAAAUCAGGUACGGAUGCCUGAAUUAUUCUGUACCCCCCUACAGUUAAAGGCGUAGAAUAUCUGGCAACGCCAUAGGGGGUACAGAAAAAUCAGGUAUGAAUGCCUGAAUUAUUCUGUACCCCCCUACAGUUCUAGGCGUGCAAGUAUCUCGCAACACCAUAGGGGGUACAGAAAGAAUCAGGUAUGGAAGCCUGAAUUAUUCUGGACCCCCCUACAGUUCUGGGCGUACAAUAUCUGGUAUCGCCAUAAGUGGUACAGAAAAAAUCAGGUAUGGAUGCAUGAAUUAUUCUGUACCCCCCCUACAGUUCUGGGCGUGCAAAUAUCUGGCAACGCCAUAGGGGGUAUAGAGAAAAUCAGGUAUGGAUGCCUGAAUUAUUCUGUAC